CCAACUGCUAAGCAACAUUAGGGUAAUCAGAGUCUCCGAGAGCUCUGUAAAGCAAGAAAGAAUGGCGGAAGAAGAAGAAAAUGUGGAAGCACCGCAGCCAUUAGCGUCAGGGAAAGAAGAAAAAGAGGGUUUAACUCUAACUCCCUGGGAGCAGCACUCAGCAGUGAUUAACCUUCCUCGCUUCGACUACAAUGCUCCAUCUUCGCUUCUUGAGAAUUUCCAUUCUGGGUUCCUCGUCACCUGCCCCAUUAAGCGGGAGAAAAGUGCCACGAAAGAAGCCAUGUCCAUACUUGAAAAGUAUGUCAAAACUUCAAGUAAAAAAAAUGUGGAAACUGUGGCAAUCGUAGAUGCAGAUGUGGCUGUGAAGCGAAGGAAGAUAUCCUCUGAGGAAAUAGGUGGGAAAUGUUUGAGUAGUGCAGAAUGCGAGAAAGCCACCAACAAUUUAGAGAAUUCUGUCAGUGGAAAUCUUUCCCUUUCACUUGUGAAGCUGACAAGGAGUGGCUUGCUUCUCUUUACCUUCCCGAAGGAAAACUCUUCUGAUGUUAUUGAUAUUGUGUCUAAUAUAUUUCAUUCUCUAGAUUCUGGAAAUCUAAAGCCACCUCAGUGGUGUCAUCGCAUUUUUCCUAUUCAAGCAACAUGUGCUCUAAAUGAGAAGGACCUCCGCAUAGUUGUGUCAAAGCUUGUUCAACAAUUUUUGAAUGAUAAGCAGAAAAAACUUGAAAAGCCUAUAAAGUUUGCAGUUGGUUAUAAUAGAAGGGGAAUUGAGGAGACAGAGAUGAAAUCCCAGAGAACUGCAGAAGGUUCUUUCUUAGUUGAUUUAUUGGACCGCAACAAGUGCUUCAGUGUUGUGGCUGCUGCAGUUAAGGAUGUUGUUGCAGAUUCAGUUGUUGACCUGAAAUCUCCUCAGCUUUCCAUUCUUGUUGAGUUGCUACCUGUUUCUGGAAUAUCCAAUCGGUCCUUAGUGGUUGCUGUGUCAGUUCUUCCUAAUGAUCUUGUUAGUACCAAGCCGAAGCUCUGCAUUAAGGCAUUGGUCUCAGAAACUCAAACAAAGAACAAGGGCUGAAAUCGUUAUUUGAGAGUUACGCAAUGUUGUUGCCUGAUAAUAACAGAAUUGGGGUCGGGGCAUGCUCUGUUGUUGCUUGGGUGAGAUCUGUGGUCUGACUAAUAUAUUCCAGUUGAGGACUUGCUGGUGGAUUGAGAUGCUCUGAAGUGGUAGUAAACGAUUGCGGAGAUAUUGAUCUCAGUGUCAUGGACUGCAGCAACCCCAUAAUCUUUCUUGGAUACGUUACAUGACUCUUCACCUAGCAUGGUUGAUGGUACACUGGAAAAUUAAAGAUGUUUCUGAAUUUACAGAUUCAAAUUGAUUGGAAAUGUUCCUGGGGAGUUUCAUGGUUAAAGGUAUUUUUUUAACGAUGUUGACAUAAGCUUGUAGGUCUAAUAUGUGGUGUUAUUGUUCUAUUUAUGUAUCAUACUGCUGUAACGGCUUCAAAUGAAAUUGAAUUCUCCAUUGAUUAGACUCUA